GAGGGCGCGGGGUGCCCUGUGACCCGGAAAUGGUUGUCCUGGAGGAGGCGGUCGGGCCCGAGAGGGUGGAGCUUGCGACACUCUGGGCUCCGGCUGUCCUUUCCUCGCACUGCGGGCCGCUCUUGUGAGAGAAGUGUGACUACGUCCACGUAAGGAGCCGUACGAAUGGCCUCCGUGCUGUCCUACGAAAGCCUGGUCCACGCGGUUGCCGGAGCCGUGGGAAGUGUGACAGCAAUGACAGUAUUUUUUCCUUUGGAUACAGCUAGACUUCGACUUCAGGUUGAUGAGAAAAGAAAGUCCAAAACUACACACAUGGUGCUCCUGGAGAUCAUUAAAGAAGAAGGCCUCCUGGCACCAUAUCGAGGGUGGUUUCCAGUAAUCUCCAGUCUCUGUUGCUCCAAUUUUGUCUAUUUCUACACUUUUAAUAGCCUCAAAGCAGUCUGGGUCAAAGGUCAACGCUCUACUACUGGAAAGGAUCUUGUAGUUGGAUUUGUUGCAGGAGUAGUGAAUGUGUUGCUGACAACUCCACUCUGGGUGGUAAACACCAGACUGAAGCUGCAGGGGGCAAAAUUUAGGAAUGAAGACAUUGUACCAACCAACUACAAAGGUAUUUUUGAUGCUUUUCACCAAAUAAUUCGGGAUGAAGGAAUCCUGGCUUUGUGGAAUGGCACGUUUCCCUCCUUGCUAUUGGUCUUCAAUCCUGCAAUCCAGUUCAUGUUCUAUGAGGGUUUGAAACGGCAGCUUUUAAAGAAACGGAUGAAGCUUUCUUCUUUGGAUGUGUUCGUCAUUGGUGCAAUAGCCAAAGCAAUUGCCACCACAGUCACCUACCCCAUGCAGACAGUACAGUCAAUUCUGAGGUUUGGACGUCACAGACUAAACCCAGAAAACAGAACAUUGGGAAGUCUUCGGAAUGUUCUCUAUCUUCUUCACCAACGAAUAAGGCGUUUUGGAAUAAUGGGACUCUACAAAGGCCUUGAAGCCAAACUGCUGCAGACAGUCCUCACUGCUGCUCUCAUGUUCCUUGUUUAUGAGAAACUGACAGCUGCUACCUUCAUGGUUAUGGGGCUGAAGAGUGCACGCAAGCACUGAGGCAGCUAACACUGGAAAAGAACGGAAAGAUGCUCAAAAUGAGGGGUUUCCUUCUGAAAGGGAGCUUACUCUUGCUCCUUCCACCACAGACUACCUUCAUUGGCUUGAAAAGCAUCUAAGGGUAAACAUGGAGUAUAGACAGAUGGAUCUAUUGCCAACUUAAUUUUUAUGACGGUUGGUUAGAUUUUUGGAGGGAAGUUGGACUAAUAGUCAUGAAAAGAAAAUGUUAUUAAAAACCUAAAAAUGAAAGUUUGUAGGGAUUUAUUGGUUCUCUUAGUGGGAAUGGACUGUUGCUCUCAUGUGUAAUCUUCUCCAUUUAAAGUUUUUCUUAAAUUUACCAGCUGUUCUCUUUCCCUGAACUCUCCCCCAGGUUUUAGGACAAAUUUAAUAGUGUGUAAUCCUCCUCAAACACUUCUGUAUAUUAAUCUUGGAAUUUUUGUCACUAAAAAUAAUUCAUAUUAUAACUGUGCCAUGGGCAUGCCUAUGUUUGUUGGGCUUUUUUCUCCUAUUUAAGGAGAGGUAUCUUCUUUAAAAUACAUGAGCUAUUUAUUUUGUGGGGGAAAUGAAAGUUAUUAAUCCCAAAUGAUUUUCUUACAAAUUAUUUGUAAAUGUCACUUAUUCAUUAGUCUUUUUGACAUAUUUUUUAAAAUAUUUAUUUUGAAUCAACUCUUUUAUCAUAAAAGGCUUGAGGAUUUGAGGGGUUUGUGUCCGUACAAGCCCCAGUCAAGCCAUAAUAAAUUGUCAACACAAAAAACAUUCUUGAAAGUUGCUCUUUAUUAAGAUAAUACAUUGGGCUUGCAACCAGAUGGAGAAAAUCACCAGAAAAGGGUGUGGGAGCAAAUACCUUGUUUAGGCUCUAGAAUAUUAUCUCCCUUUAUAAAUUCUUGUGGAGUCUGUAUGUUUUGGGAAUAAACAUCUGAUUAAGGCUAUUCCUAUUUGGAAAUAUUCUUUAGAGUGCUGCUUCUCAAAGUGUGGUCCAUCAAGCAGUAGCAUUGACAUCACCUGGGAGCUUGUUGGACAUAACUCUCUCCCAGUCUCCACUGCUACCUUCCAAAACAUAUUUUCCAUUAAAAAUAUCCCCAGGUGAUUCAAAUUCUAUUAAAGAUCAAGAGAUGUGAGAGACCCUGCACCAGCAGAUGUGAUUGAUUUCAAUUAGGGAAACCAAGACAGAUUUUUCUCAAAAGAAAGUUUGACUAAUGUAUAAAAACAACCUCUGAAAAAACUCGGAGUCCUAUGUAGAGUGUCAUUUGCUUUCACCUCGUAGCAUGUUGUUAAGGUGGUAGGACUUUUAUAUAUAGUCAGGAGUGAAUUUAGACAUCUCAAGCAAGCGAGACAUCUCAAAAAGCAAAUUCUCUGUCACAUUAGAAAAAAGCUUUGGGUUCCUAUGACUUAUUUUUUGUCCUUAUAACAAAAUGACAGAUUUUUCAUUUGUACGUCUGUAAUUCAGUCAGUCAGAGGGAGUAAUAAUUCAUCUACGAACUCCAGUAUUUAGUUCCCAGUUUUGAGAGUGGAAAUUCUUUCUCUUUCUCUUAUUUCUGCUCUUUGGUUCAUGUGAUAAUUGCAGAAUUAUCAAGCUAGUGAUAAUUGAAAGAUCAUUGUUUUAUUCUCAAAAACAAGAAUGAGGAAAAGCUGUUAAUCUGGUAACUAGACCGAACACUAAACUUGUGUCCUCUAAUUAAGCCAGAGAAUUAAAGACAGAGAAUUGGUCCCAUUACUACUUUUUAUUUUCCUUUAAGUUUUUUGUGCAUCUGUGGCAGGGCAUAGGUGGGAAGCACAAAAUUAUUUUGAUUUCUGUACAAGGAGAAGAAUGAUCAUAAGGAUGCCAUGUGUACUUUUAUUGUUUUAAUUAUGCUGUUGCUUUAGAACCUGAAUUUUGAGCUCAGGGUGUCGUUGGUAUGUUAGAAACAUUUCCAAGUCAAAUUGUAUAGAUAUAUUAGUUUUUUAUGAUGUGAGAAUAUGUUUGAUGUUUAUCCAAUUUUAUGAGGGAACAAUUUAAUAUUAAUGCUUUAUGUUCCUUAUGAAACCUUAAGAGUCACUCACUGGUUGAAAGUAGGUAACCUUUGAUUAAUAAUAAGUUGUUUGUGAAAGCCAAAGAGCUGAAGUCUGUACUACAGAAAUGGAAAGCUUUUCUGAUUCUUUGUGCAUUUUUUCUAGAAUGUGAGGGUUAACAACCUUAUAGAUUAUAUUAGUGUCAGUGCAAUAGAAAAUUUAAUUUCUGUGAGUAUUUAAUUUGUAUUUUGAAAUGGACACUGCAAUAAUUCUACUCUUGUCUAAUUGGCAAUUAACUUGAAGUGCAGAAAUAGGACUUACCAGAAGAGCAUAAACAGUGGGAGUUAGAAAUCUUGGGUUUUAUUCCCAGCUCUGCCACCAACUAGCAAAUUACAUCAUCUCCUUGUGCUUCAGCUUUUUGAUAAGUGGAGAUAAUAAUACUCUACCCGCUUCAGAGGAUGUUUGAGAGCUAAUGAUGUCAGCUAAAUCCCUUUAUGAUCAUGGAAUAGGGAAGCUCUGAGUGAAACUUGUGACUGUGCCCUAAAUUUAUAUAGAAAUUUCCCUUCUUAAAGCUUAUACACGUUCUCAUUUUAUAAUGCCAGUAUCUCUGUGAAAUAGGAAAGAACAAAUAAUGAUGUCUUUGUUUAAUUAACAAGGAAAUUGAGACAGAACUAUCAAAUGACUAGCUGAGUUGGAGCCAGGACUAGGUGGAAUUUCCUGCAAUGAGUUCUGAAAUUAGACCUAGGCUUAGACUCUGGCCCUCCUUACCAGCUGUGGAACAGAGCAAGUAAUGAAUUUGUAUAAAACUCAAGUUUCCUUAACUGUAAAAUGUAGGUGUUGAGAAACUUAACUUAUAGGACAAUUGUGAGCAUUUAAUUAGAUUUUUUUACAUAAAUUACUUAGCACCCUUCAUGCUGCAUGAAAACAAGCUAAAUAAAUGUUAAGUAACGACUAUCAUUAUUACAUUCUUACUGAUUAGGGAUAGGGCUGUUUGAAUAGAUGAACUGUGGUUCAGUGGAAAGUGCUCUGAAUUUUGAGCCAAACCUGGAUUCAGAUUUUCAUUCUAUUGCUUAAUCGCCUCAUGACCAGACAAGUCACUUAACCUUUCCAAGCCCCAGUGUGUCAUCUGUCAAAUAGAAAUGAUUACAUCACAAAGCUGUUCUGAGGAUAACAAACACAUAUGAAAACAUCUGGCAGAGUAUAUGACAUAUGUAUGUGAUUAAUAAAUGCUUUUGAACCAAGAA